AUAAAGCGACUACGGUUUCGAGCGACUUUCAAUUUUCGUCCGUCAGCCAAAGCUCGAACAGACGUCCACCUGUUCCUCCGCGAUUACGCAUAUUUUCUUUGUUAUUGCAACGUGUGUAUCCUCGUAAUACUCAUGUCUUUGGAACGUGCCGUUCGCGCUAAACUCGCUUCCAAGCGAGACCCCCAACAAGAAAAGGAAGCCCAGGAAUGGAUGGAAGCAGUGUUGGGAUAUAAAUUCCCCAAAGGUUUUCCAUUGGAAGAAUACAUCAAAGAUGGCCAAGUACUGUGCAAACUCAUCAACACCAUUAGCCCCGGAAGUGUAACCAAAUACAACACUACCGGUGGACAAUUCAAAAUGAUGGAAAACAUUAACAUUUUCCAAAAGGCCAUCAAAGCAUACGGAGUCGCCGACAUUGACGUUUUUCAGACCGUCGACCUGUGGGAGUGCAAGGACUUCUCCCAAGUCAUAAUGACGUUGUACGCUCUGGGCCGUGAGACGUACAGACACGCGGAAUGGAAAGGACCUUACUUGGGACCAAAACCUUCCGAGGAAGCUAAACGUGAAUUCUCCGAGGAAACACUUAAGGCCGGUCAAACCAUCAUCGGGUUACAGGCUGGACAAAACAAGGGCGCCACGCAAGCGGGCCAAAACAUUGGCGCUGGCAGGAAGAUCAUCAUCGGCAAAUAAUUACACUACACGAGUUAAUAUAAUAUAAUAUAAUAAUAAUAAUUGAUAUGAUAUAUUAUGUUAUGUACACACAUUUAUAAAUAGAGUAAUGCGUUGCGAUUUAUCAUCUGCAAGUCGAGGUGUAGGUCGUUGAAAGCGGUUAUUAUACUACUAUUGUUAUUAUGGUGUGUGUGUCGUAUUAUCGUAAUUAUUAUUAAAAUAAUAUUAUCUGAGCGGUAUGUGUGUAAAUGGUUUUAAAAUAACGCAUGAAUUAUGUCCCAUUAUAUAUUAUAUUGUUUCCACGCGGCAUUAUUAUUAAAUAUCCUACUUGUUUUUUUUUUUCGAUAACCGUUUUUUUACCUAUAUAUUAUAUAUUAUAUUUAUCUUGAAUUAAAAUAUAUAUAUAUAAUAAAACAAAAGACGAUCAUUAUAAA